GGUUGGACCAGAGCCAUAUGUCUCUGGGUUGGACAUGCGAAUCUAUGAAGCGUAUUUUCCUUGUUAUAUGUGUUUUAUUUCAUUCUCAGGGAAAGCGACCAGUGACCAGUGAACUUAUCAUGGGGAAUAUCUUUGUCCGUGUACUGCUUUCCUGUUGUUUCGUCUUUAUGCCUUCAGCCCGCUAAGUUUUCUGUCAGUUGUUGUAGGCUAUAUUCACGACAAGUGUUCACUGUUUAAAAGAAAAAUCUAUUUAAGAGACGAUGACAACUGAUGAGACUUGGCCGCUGUUUCUGCUGCCGUUUUCACUGCUCUCUGUGGUGAAAGCAGAUUGUCCGGUUCCUGUUUUGAAUGGCAAAUUUAUCUUGUCUACGGAAUCCAUACAGAUGAAUACAUUCCCAGAGGGUUCCAAAGCGUUUGUGGAGUGUCCUAAAGGACAGGAGAGAAAGGAAGGUUCAAAUGUAAUCACCUGCACGAAUGGGAUUUGGAGUACCGUGGAAUUAAUCUGUAAAAAGAUAGACUGUGGAUCACCUGAAAAUUCACCACAUAUGAACUACAACAUCCCAAGUGGAACGUUGUUUGGUUCCCUCAUACAACCUGAAUGUGAUAGGGGAUAUGACCUGGAAGGAUCAAGUUAUAGACAAUGUCUUGUUUCUGGCUGGAGUGGAAGGUCUGAAUGUAUAUUGAUAACGUGUGAUGAGCCAGCUCCAAUUGAGCAUGGAAAGUUCAUCACGCCCGGGAGGAUUCCACAGCUUGAUGAUGUCAUUGAAUAUUCCUGCGAGGAAAACUACACCCUCUCUGGAAACAGAUCCAUUAAAUGUGGGGCAAAUUGGGAAUAUGAUUUACCACCUCCAGAAUGCAAAGAAAUUGAGUGUCAAGUUCCUGAAAUUCGGUUCGGUAACCAGACUGAAGGAAAUCCUCCAUACUCUUAUAAAAGUAAAGCCACGUUUGAAUGCUGGCCAGGUUACAGGAUGAAAGGUUUUGCUACAUCAGUGUGUGAAGAGAGUGGCUGGUCUGCCCUUCCUGUCUGUGUUCAAGACAUCAUAACACAGACAACAACAAUUACUACCACAAACUUAACCACAACAACAGCCACAGCCACCACGCAUGCACAUGGAACACAUGAAGAACAGCCCGAUUCUGAAUUACUAAGUAGUGGUCCUGUGAUUGCCUUGUGUAUAAUUUUGGUGUCCGCAGGCUGUGUUAUCAUCGUUUUGGUUUUGUGUCGUGAAUAUAAACAGAGAGGUUCAUACAAUACUGGAGAAGGCAAGAAGACAAUAGAAGAGUUAUUGCUAAAACAAAGUCCGUAAACCCAAGGGCAAACAAUCGGACGGCUCCUUUGUUCUAAGGCUAAGUGGACUACGUGAAGUUGAAGUUUUAUAAUUCAGUGUUGUAUUUUAUAAACUAAAAAUUGUAUUUAUUUAUAAUUGCUAUAUAAUGUGCUUCCAGUUAUUGAUGAAAACAUAAGAUGGUAUUUUUGUAUGUUAAUAAAGAUAUUUAAACUUGA